AUGAGAAUUGAAGAUACUAGCUAUGGCAAUAGCAAGCACCUUGGAUCAAUCUACAACCGCCUACAAGCCCUUGAAGGAUCAUCUCAUGCCAAUUACAAGAGAGAGAGGAGUCCAACACCCAACCACCCUCCCUUUUAUUGCAAUGCCAUCACAAGAAGAAGCACUACUCAAGUCCAUGAGGACAAUGAAGAAGAAGAAAGAGAGUAUGAGGAACAAUUGAAUGAUGAAGAUGAAGAGCAGAGCAUCGACAUCAAUGCUUCCCCAAAACAGAGCAUGGAUACACCAAGCCCUAGAGACCCUCGUUUCUCACCAAGAAGUCAAGCUUCUACACUUCCAAGACUGGAAGCAAUGCAAAGACCAUCACCACCUACUGAAGAAGAAGAUACUUGGCAGUAUGAUCCCAUUGAUCCCAACAAGAUAAGCCCCAUGAAGCUUAAAGAGUUCAAUGCUAAGGUGAAAUCACUUCCAUUCUAUGUCACUUUUGAAGAAGCUUGGGAUAAACAUGGUCUAGUGGAGUUCUUUUUCACAACUAGUGAAAACAAAGAAGAGAUACACCAACUUUCAGGAAGGCUCGAUUUCCCAUUGCCCCUCAUGGAGUCAAUCAACCACCAUCACCACCAUCAUCACCACCACCCAGUGCCUACCUUCAAGACCCUCUACAAGAUUGAAGACCCAGGUCAAUUCUCUAUUCCCUGUCAAGUAAAUGGUCAUUACUUUGAUAGAACACUAUGCGAUUCUGGCUCUUGCAUAAACCUCAUGCCAACCCAAACCGCCAAACUCCUUGGCAUCACACGCUUGCAACCUGCUCAAAUUAGUAUUGGACUUGCUAACCAUACUAUAGCCAAGCCAAGAGGAGUUGUUGUUGAUGUUCUUCUAGAGAUUGGAGAUAUCAAGAUCCCGGUGGACUUUCAUGUCAUGAACAUUCAAGGAGGAUGUGACACACCAUUGAUACUAGGCCGACCCUUUUUGGCCACUGCUGGAGCUGUCAUGGACCUUCCAAACCGGCGAAUGUCCUUAGCCAAUGUUGACAAGACAGUCUUUUACAAGACCAUACCAUUCAUCUCACCAAACAAGCUGUCUUACCUCAUCACUGCCCAAGGCCGCCCAAGAGAACCACCAGACCACACUCAAGGUCACAAUGAGACAAGAACUAAAAGACUAUGUCUCAGGCCGUGCCCUUACCCCAUCUCCAACUAA